UCUCAAUGUGGAAUUCACUGCCUAAUGUGUCAAUGCAACAUGACAUUAUGGAUAACUUCAUGCUCCUAGAAUGUUGAUGCUAUAAAUCUUGUUCUCUGAUUGUCCACAUAGCCUUUUCCCAGAAACUGGAUAACAUUGAGAAAAUGAGCACCACAGCCACAAAUUUCCCCUCUGGUCUCAAACCAAUUGAGCUCUCAUCAGACCAAGCUCCUUCAUCAAAACUCUCACAGAAAACAGUUCUAGACAUCCUGAACAAGAAAUGUUUUCAUUCCCUUCAACAUCUCAAGCAGGCUCAUGCUAUCAUAUUGAAAACUGCUCAUUUUCAUGACCAUUUUGUAUCUGGCACCUUACUCAAGUGCUAUGCAAAUCCCAAUUUCAAUAACUUUACCUUGGCAACCAAAGUCUUUGAUUGCAUCCCAAGGCCCAAUGUUUUUGUGUGUAACAUAUAUCUCAAAGGGAGCAUAGAGAAUGGGGAGCCACACAAGGCUAUAUCAUGUUAUCAUAAGAUGAUGGUGCUGAACUCUAGGCCUAACAAGUUCACUUACCCUACUUUAUUCAAGGCUUGUGCUGUUACAGGUUCUGUCAAAGAAGGGGUUCAGUUCCAUGCUUUUGUGGUGAAACAAGGGCUUACUGGGGAUGUCCACAUCAAGAGUGCUGGAAUUCAAAUGUAUGCUUCAUUUGGACUUUUUAGAGAAGCAAGAAAAAUGCUUGAUGAGAGUGGUAAAACUCAAACUGAUGUCAUUUGUUGGAAUGCAAUGAUUGAUGGGUACUUGAAGUGUGGAGAAGUGGAAGCUGCAAAUGAGGUGUUUGUCAAUAUGCCUGACAAGAAUGUUGGAUCCUGGAAUGCAAUGAUAAGUGGGUUGGCUAGGUGUGGGAUGAUUGAGAAUGCAAGGACUUUAUUUGAUGAAAUGGGUGAGAGGGAUGAGAUAUCUUGGAGUGCAAUCAUUGAUGGCUACAUCAAACAAAGGUGCUUCAAGGAGGCAUUGGAAGUUUUUCACCAAAUGCAGAGAGAAAAGAUAAAGCCAAGUAGGCAUCUAUUACCAAGCAUGCUAACUGUUUGUGCAAAUGUGGGGUCUCUGGAUCAAGGUAGAUGGAUUCAUUCAUUUGUGGAAAGGAACUCUAUUCAGGUGGAUGCAGUGUUAGGGACUGCUUUGAUUGACAUGUAUGUUAAAUGCGGGCGUCUCGACAUGGCAUGGGAGGUGUUUGAGAAAAUGAAAGUGAGAGAAGUCUCCACUUGGAAUGCUAUGAUUGGAGGACUUGCUAUCCAUGGCCGAGCAGAGGAUGCAAUGAAGCUCUUCACCAAGAUGAAUGGGGAGAAGCGGAAACCAAAUGGUGUCACAUUUGUGGGGGUUCUGAAUGCAUGUGCACAUGCUGGAAUGGUUGAAAGAGGUCUUGGAUUGUUCAAUUCAAUGAAGAGAGUGUAUGAGAUUGAGCCUGAGAUGGAGCAUUUUGGGUGUGUGGUUGAUCUUCUGGGAAGGGCUGGACUUGUGGAGGAAGCAGAGAAGUUUAUAGAAUCUAUGCCAGUGAAGCCAAAUGUAGCUGUUUGGGGAGCACUUUUAAAUGCAUGCAGGAUACAUGGAAAUGUUGAGCUAGGAGAAAGAGUGGGGUGGAUUUUACUUGAUAUGGAGCCUCGAAACAGUGGUCGCUAUGCAUUGUUAUCAAACAUCUAUGCAAAAGCAGGAAGAUGGGAUGAUGUUGCUAGAGUUAGAAAGUUGAUGAAAGAAAGAGGAAUUGAAACUGUUCCUGGAAGUAGCAUGAUGGAUAUGGGUGGUAAAGUUCAUGAAUUCAAAAUGGGAGAUAGUUCACACCCUCAAAUGAAAGAAAUAUAUCUCAUGUUGGAAAAGAUGAUGGAUAAGCUGCAGAUAGAAGGCUAUUCACCAAAUACAUCCAUGGUGUCCUAUGACAUUGAAGAGGAAGAAAAGGAAACUGUGCUUAAGCAGCAUAGUGAAAAGAUUGCACUUGCUUUUGGACUUCUUCAUGCAAAACCAGGAACAACUCUGCACAUUGUGAAAAAUUUAAGGGUUUGUGCGGAUUGUCAUUCUGCAUUCAAGCUAGUUUCUAAAAUUUAUGGUCACAAUAUUAUUAUGAGAGACCGUGUGCGGUAUCAUCAUUUCAAAAAUGGAAUGUGUUCAUGCAAGGAUUUUUGGUAAGGUGUUGAAUAGAUGUGUUAACUGUUAAUAGAAGCUAAAUUGACUUUGUUUCCAACUGUUUUGUUAGGAAGAGAAAAAUUUAUGAUGAGUAGAACAGUAGAAAGGAUACCUUACACUUCUUGUUGAACAAUAAUGCUAACAUGCUGAACUUAGCAAAGAGGAUACUAGUAUAACAUUUUUUCUGUAUUUCACAUUUUUCCUAUCUUAAAUAUAGUACCCUUGAUUAGUGAUCACUGUUAGCUAUGGCAAUUGUAGGUAUACAAAAUAUCCAAAGAAUAUAAUCAUAGGACACAACAUCCAGAAUGAAAGCCAUUUAUUUUUCUUACUCUUUCCCUCUACCAAGAUGAACCAUUUGGCAUCAGAGCAAAAAAUGAUAGGCCAGUAGAUACAAAACG